UGAUCUAUGGCGUCACCAGAGACGGAGCAUCCAAAGAAGGCUUUUGGAUGGGCAGCUAGGGACCCUUCUGGGGUUUUAUCCCCUUUCAACUUUUCCAGAAGGGAAACUGGAGAGCAAGAUGUGGCAUUCAAAGUGAUGUACUGUGGAAUAUGUCACUCCGAUCUUCACAUGUUAAAGAACGAAUGGGGCAAUACCACUUUCCCUAUAGUACCUGGGCAUGAGAUUGCUGGAGUAGUGACAGAGGUAGGAAGUAAGGUACAAAAUUUCAAAGUUGGAGACAAAGUGGGAGUGGGAGUGUUGGUUGGAUCCUGCAACUCAUGCCAAGGCUGUGCUGCAAAUCUUGAAAAUUUCUGCCCGAAAAUGAUCCUAACAUACAGUGCCAAGAACAAGGACGGCACCAUCACCUACGGAGGCUACUCUGACUCAAUGGUAGUCGAUGAACGCUUCGCCAUUCGCAUCCCGGAUAACCUUCCACUGGAUGUGGCCGCUCCGUUGCUUUGUGCCGGGAUCACGGUGUAUAGCCCUCUCAGGUAUUUCGGACUUGACAAGCCUGGUUUGCACGUCGGUGUGGUUGGUCUUGGUGGAUUAGGCCACGUGGCCGUUAAGUUUGCCAAAGCUUUUGGUGCUAAAGUAACUGUCAUUAGUACUUCCCCUAACAAACACAAGGAAGCUAUUGAACGUUUAGGAGCCGAUUCGUUUCUCUUAAGUAAAGACCAAGAUCAGAUGAAGGCUGCAAUGUAUAGCUUGGAUGGUAUUAUUGACUCAGUUUCUGCGGUGCAUCCUUUGGCUCCAUUGUUGGCUCUACUAAAGCCUAAUGGAAAACUUGUGAUGGUUGGUUUACCCGAAAAGCCUCUGGAGUUGCCAAUAUUUUCUCUUUGUACGGGAAGAAAGAUGAUAGCUGGUAGUAGUAUUGGAGGGUUGAAGGAGACACAAGAAAUGAUUGAUUUUGCUGCUAAACAUAACGUGAAACCUGAGAUUGAAGUUAUUGCAAUGGAUUAUGUAAACACGGCAAUGGAACGCCUCGCAAAAGCAGAUGUCAAGUAUCGAUUUGUUAUUGAUAUCGGAAACACUCUCAAUGCCACAACCUCUUAAAUACCAAAAUAUGCAUCAUUAACAUUUUAAGAGUCUUUUUUUUAUCUUUCUUUGUAUGUUGGGGAAUAAUAAUAUAUAGUA